GUCUGUCCGCCAUGUUUUCUUGCUAGCGCUCGUUGAGCGGUUGGUAGCAUAACAGGAGGGCAGGAAAAGGUCACUUCACAUUUUAAAGACUGGUAAUAAUUACGGAAAUUCUUAUGAUUAAUUACAAACAGAUAAUAAAUAUCUGACAAAGUUACAGUUCAUAUAGUGAACCCCAGACAGAAUCGAUGAAUUGACAGAAUCGACAUGAAUGCCCGAACAGGUACUGUUGCUUCAUGACUGUAAAUACAUGUGGAAACGCCUGAUUUCUUACUAACUGUCAAGAGAAGACAAUCGGUUCUAUGAGCCGAAUGAAAAAGGGCUCAGUUUUAUUCAUAAACAGAGUUCUGCUGAGUGAUCCGUUUUCACCUGCGAUGAUAAUCGAAGCAGAAAUACACAAUCAAGGCCGCCGAAAGAUGGUGGUGGGGCUGGGUAAUCCGGGGAUGGAGGGUACCAGACACAGCGUUGGUAUGACAGUACUUGGUGCUUUCGCUGCCCGGCUCGGUGUGGCAGACCGCUGGCGUGGCGACAAGUACGUGUCCGGUGAGGUCAUUUUGUCAGAAGUCCAGCAAAUGAAUGUGGUGCUGCUUCGUCCCCGGCUGCUGAUGAAUGUCAAUGGAGUAUCAGUGGCCAAAGCAGCUGCCAAAUAUGGCGUCAAGGCUGAAGAUAUCCUGCUGGUCCACGAUGAACUGGACAAACCUCUGGGGAAAAUCGCCAUCAAACAUGGAGGAAGUGCCAGAGGUCAUAAUGGAGUCCGCUCCUGUGUGGACUGUCUUCAGACUGAUGUGAUGCCUAGACUGCGGAUCGGGAUUGGCCGGCCGACAGGGAAAACGUCUGUGGACCGUCAUGUUCUGGGCAGAUUCACCACAGAGGAACAGAAACUCCUGGAUUCUGUUUUGGUCCAGAGUGUGGACCUCCUCCUUUCCCAGCUUUCCCAGCAGGACUCACAACAGGACUCCCCGCUCCCCUCCUCACCAGCAGGGGGCAGACAAGCUGCACAGAAGAGAAACGAGAGGGCCCGCUCAGGCUCACCAGCUGAGGACCCUGCAGCAGCUCAGAGCUGAAGCUGAAACCUGAAACCUGAACUCUGUUAUCACACAUAGAACUGCCUCAAAGAGAAAACAUGAACCACUUUAUCUGUAUUUAUUCACUUAAAGGUGAUGUUGUUACAUGAAAAGUCUCAGAGAACAAGAGGAGAACCGAGAAAUCUUGUUGUCUUCAGGUUUGUUCCCUACACGAUGAACCAGUUUUUUUAUUCACUUCGCUGAAAAGCUGGCAGUGAAGCCAGAAGCUUGGCUCAGUCUGUGGCAGAGGACAGUCUGUCUGUGAGAUAUGAAAAUAAAUCGUUAUUAAACGAAAUAAAUUUGAUUAUCUGAUUUUCAUGCA